CUGGCCAUUCCCGAGAUGAGCGCCGCUACCUGAAUAAUCCGUUCUUGCAUCAAGCGAAUUUGCAUCCAAACACUGUCUAGAUGUGCGUUUUUUCCUUCUUUCUUUCGUUGAUGAAUCCGAUGUGCAAUCACGGUGGGGAAUGUCUUUCUAUAAAUACCAAAAGCAAUCCGCAGAUUCAUUAAAGUUGUGCUUUAUUGGUACAGAGCAACAUCAAAGAUGAUUCGCCUUGUUGCUGCUUUCUGCAUCUUCGCCACCGCUUUGGGCGCUUCCGUGGGCGGCGAUCCCAAACAGGCCCAAAUAAUCCGAUCAGAAUCCGACAUUUCCCCAGAAGGAAGUUAUCAAUUUGCGUAUGAAACCGACAACGGCAUUUCCGCACAAGAACAAGGCAACAUUCAACCUCAAGGGCCCGAACAGGCCAGCAAAUCGGUAACUGGCCAGUUUCAGUUCCUCACUCCGGAAAAUGAGCAAAUUCAAAUUUCCUACGUGGCCGAUGAAAAUGGAUAUCAGCCAACUGGAAACGCUCUUCCGACGCCUCCUCCAAUCCCCAUCGCCAUCCAGCGGGCGCUUGAGUACAUCGCUGCCCAUCCGCAGCAACCCGAACAGCCUCAGAAGAGGUUCUGAAGCGGAGUUAGAUUAGAGCUGAAAAUUUGUAUAUAAAUCCGAUUAAAUAGAUAAAUGUACGUUGUU